AUGUCAAGUUCAGGUACCAGAAAUGAUGCGUCUAACUCCCCUCCCUUAACUCACAAGAAGGAGAGUAAGCUGAAAGUCGAGGAGAUGGCGACCUCGACUGCCAAAACCGCCAACUCCGCCAACGCCCCCGAUCCUGAGGCUACGCCAAAAAGCCCCACGAGUGACGGCGCCGGUUUUACAACCUCUACCACCCCCAGCGCCCAGCACGGGGCUAUCACCGCGUGGGGCAGCACCUCUGGAAAGCUGUUCUUAUCCGACCCGCGCCUGAACGACGGCGACUCGACGGGCACUCUCUGGGAGUAUAUCUUGAAGUUGGGGUCCAAGAACGUCGCAGAAAACAGAAUCGCAGAAAAGGCCGAAGCAGCCAAGACAGCGCAAGAAGAAGAUGACGGCGACGAUGAGAACAAGGACAAAGAAUCCGAGAUCGACUAA